ACUCAGCAGUGUAGAGUGUAGUGUUGGCAGUCAUUGAGUUAGUAGUGAGGAGAUAGGAUAGGAUAGCUUAGAGCAUAGUAUAGAUAUUAGUUAGAUAGUAGUUUAGUUAGUACAUAGAUAUAGAUACCUUGAAAAUUACAUUAGGAUUACAUAGAUAGGAUAGGACAUAGUGUAGGAAAUAGUGUAGAUAGGGAAGGCCCAAAGCGACCUCAUGGGGGUGCCUGGGCCCUGGGACACUUUGUGGAGCCUUGAGGCUUAAAAAUGGCUUUGCGAGGAUCCAGUAGCCUGGCUAAGCUGCCCAUGUUGUCCUCAGCGCCCAAACCCCAGCAGGCACAAGGCCCCUCAAACUCCACACUCGUGCUCCCCCAGCUGCACGAAGCAGGAGGACAACAGGGGCAGCUGCUCCUACAACCUCCUCCUGGCCAGCCAAAGGCCAACUGGAGAGGAGCUCGGCUGUGGGCCCCCGUCCAGGACCUGCCGCUGUUCAAAAUGGGAACUGGCCCAGGGCCAAAGGACGGGAGGCAGGACAUCCAGAGCAACCAGGAGAAAAUGAAGAAGGAGAGGUUCCUAAUAACCAAGGUGCAGGGCCUGGUGGCUCAGGAGAUACGGGACUGCCUGAAGCAGCUUCACCAGCAACAGCUGAGGGUGCAGGAAGCAGAGUUCAAGGCGCAGAAAAAUGUCCUGCACAAAAAGGAACCGGAGACAGCCCGCCUGAGGACCCUGCAGCAGAGAGCCAGGGACCUCCAAGCUAAGAAGGACAUGCUCCAGACCAAGCAGCACCAGGAGGCCAGGGAAAGGGAGAAGCAGCAGAGCCUCCUGGAGCAGAUGGCCUGCAAGGAGCACCAGCAGGUCAAACAGACCAAGCGGCACUGCAGCUAUUUCGAGCAGGUCAUCAGGAAGCAGCAGGAGCAGGCACUGAAGGUGCAAAGGCAGCAGGAGGAGAGGGUGGCCAAGCAAGUGGAGUACGGCAAAGCAGUGCGGUGCCUGGUGCUGGAGCGCCAGGAUCAGCUGGUGCACAAGUGGGCCAUCCGCUUUGAGUCUGGGAAGCACCAGCAACAGGACAUGCAGAAAACCCCAGACUGCAAUGGCCAGCUGAAGAGAACCAGGAUGCAGGAGCUCUGGUGA